UUGUUUCUGCAUGGAAUCUACAUAGCUUACCACUAUCUUGAUGCUGGUUUCUGACGCCAUCUACAAUCGUUUUCUGGACAAUUGUCGUCUGGUAUUUCAUACCCAAUCGAUAUCGAGAUAUAUCGAGCGAGCCGAUGGAUUGCUGAUCAAUGACUCAAGUUCACUCAACCCACGCCUCUACAUCAAUACGACGUUUUUGAGGAAAUUUGCUGAAGGAAAGGGAAGAAUAUGGGUCAUUUUAAACAUCACAAAUGAAGUCAGCAUGAUGAGGAUCAAACAAGAAGUUAUAGAGGAGGAGGAGGGAUUCUCUCCAGGAGAACCCAUGGAGUUUAAGUCUAGCUCUGGAGGAAAGAUAAGUCUGAAACGAGGAACUGAGGAAUUGACAUCAUUGCCAUCUUCAAAUACUGGGGAAGUAGGAACUGUCCAACCAAAAGUCAAGCAAGAAGUGGAGAAGAGUGACUUACAUUCACAGUCAUGCUCAGUGCCUACAGGAAACACAAGCCAAGAGCAAGUAGCAGAGACUUUAACCCCAAUGCAGUGUUCAAAUCCUGGAGAUAAAGGAACUGUCCGACAGAAAGUCAAACAAGAAGUAGAGAAAAGUGACUUACAUUCCCAAUCAGAUUCGAUGUUUUCUGAAAACAAAAAGCCAAAGCAAGAAGCAGAGAAUUUAAUCCCAGAACAAAAAAUAGACACUUUAACCCCAGACCAUGACGCACAGACUUUAAUCCGAGUGCAAGAAGCAGAAACUUUAACCACAGUGAAUGAAGCAGAGACUUUAACCCCAAUCCAAUCUUCGAGUCUUGGAGAUAAAGGAACUGCCCAACAGAAAGUCAAGCAAGAAGUUGAGAAAAGUUACUUACAUUCCCAAUCAGAUUCAAUGUUUUCUGAAAACAAAAAGCCAAAGCAAGAAGCAGAGACUUUAACCCCAGACCAUGAAACAGAGACCAAAGUGCAAGAAGCAGAGACUUUAACACCAAUGCAGACUUCAAUAUCUCGGGAAAAAGGAGCUACAGAACAGAAAGUCAAGCAAGAACUAAGGAACAGUGACAUGCAUUUCCAAUCAGAUUCAUUGCCUUUAGGAAACAUAAGACCAAAGCAAGAAGCAGAGACUUUAACUCCAAUGCAGUCUUCAAAUCCUGGAGAUAAAAGAACUGUCCAACAGAAAGUUAAGCAAGAAGCAGAGAACAGUGUCUUACAUAAUUCGCAAUCAGGUUCAGUGCCUUCAGGAAACAUGAAUCCACAAGAUGCAGAGACUUUAACCCCAGUACAGUCUUCAAAUCCUGGGGAAAUAGGAACUGUCCUACAGGAAGUCAAGCAAAAAGAAAGGACCAGUGACUUACAUUCGCAGUCGGGUUCAUUGCAGACAGGAAACGUAAAUCCACUAGAAGCAGAGACCUUAGCCUCAGUACAGUCUUCAAAUCCUGGGGAAAAAGGAACUGUCCAACAGAAAGUCAAGCAAGAAGCAGAGUGCAGUGACUUACAUUCCCAAUCAGAUUCAAUGUUUUCAUCAAUCACCAUUGAAAUUGUCCUCAAGGAAGAGCAAUCAGCCAUGCCACCAUCUGCGGGGAAGAAUGCUAUGUACAUCCCCCGUCCUCCAUUGCAGUGCACCUUCAAGACUGAGACAGAUGAGGAAAAGAUUAGAGAGGAUUCUGUUCCACAAAAACAAGAAGGAAAAACUUGUGGUGCGCCAUUUGUGGAUCCCAAAAAAGACGUCGGCAAUCAUGAUCAGAACCUUAAAAAGGCAGGGGGACAAGAGAGAGAGGAAAGCAUUUCCAGACUACCUCAAGUAACGAAUACAAUGCCAAAGAAUGAUGUCAUGUCAGGAACAAACAUGCAAGAGGAAUCCAGUUGUGAUGAAACUAGAGAUCCUAACAAAUCCAAAGAACUACUGGCACCGUCACCUCAUGUGAAUUCGAGUCAAAAUCGAGGCAGACCAAGUGCACAACCUGAAAACUCACAUAGUACUAAUGGUACACCGCUAGGCGUGCUAAACAUCAUGAGGAAAAUUAGUGGUGGCAAAGUAUGCCGUCUCAAACUGAAGAAGUGUAAACUUCUUGAGCAAUGUGUGAAUCAAGAUGUCAGUGAUCAUGAUCAGAACCUUAAUAAGGCAGGGUUACCAGAGAGACAGGAUAGCAUUUCCAGAAUACCUCAAGUAACGGACACAAUGCCACAGGAUAGUGCUGUUACAGAAACAUCUAUGACUGAUCAGCAAGAGGAAUCCAGUCCACAUGAUGUGUGUGGUGAUCUAACCACAGAUCCCCCGGAAUCUCAGGAACUACUGACAUCAACAAGCCAUAUGAAUUCAGUCCCAGGUCAAGGAGGAACAUCUAUGACUGACAAGCAAGCGGAAACCAGUCCACAGGAUGUGUGUGGUGAUCUAACCACAGAUCCCCCGGAAUCUCAGGAACUACUGACAUCAACAAGCCAUAUGAAUUCAGUCCCAGGUCAAGGAGGAACAUCUAUGACUGACAAGCAAGCGGAAACCAGUCCACAGGAUGUGUCUGAUGGUAUAACAACAGAUACCCCGGAAUCACAAGAACUACUGACAUCGACAAGCCAUAUGAAUUCAGUCCCAGGUCAAGGAGGAACAUCUAUGACCGACAAGCAAGGGGAAACCAGUUCACAGGAUGUGUCUGAUGAUAUAACUACAGAUCCCCCAGAGUCCCAAGAACUAAUGACAUCGACAAGCCAUGUGAAUUCAAUUCAGAAGCAAGUAGGUCCAUGUCCCCUGCCGGAAAGCUCAAAUAAUGCUGAUCAUAUUCUAGAUGAGACAGCACUUAUGAGGAAAUAUGGCGGUGGCAAGAUUUGCCGUCUUAAGUUGAAGAAAUGUGACAGUUUGAUAGAGUCUGAAGGUUCAGUAGCAAAAAGGAAGCAAUAUCGAGUAACAUUCACAGAAGAAAAAACAUUUGAGUGUUCACAUUGCGAAAAGAAAUUUGCAUGCAAGCAAAGUCUUCAGUCUCAUCUUGUAACCCACACAGGAAAAAAAUGUUAUGAAUGUUCAUAUUGCAAAAGAAAAUUUGCACACCAGCAAAGCCUUAAUUCUCAUCUUGUAACCCACACAGGAGAGAAAAAGUAUGAGUGUUCAUAUUGCAAAAAGAAAUUUGGACAUAGGACAAAUCUCCAAGUUCACAUCAGAAUACACACCGGAGAAAAACCUUAUGAAUGUUCGCAUUGCAAAAGGAAGUUUGCAUAUAAGACUAGCCUCAACUGUCAUCUUUUAACUCACACGGGAGAAAAACCUUAUGAAUGUUCACAAUGUGAAAAGAAAUUUGGACGCAAGCAUCAUCUUGACAUUCAUCUGGCAACACACUCAGGCGAAAAACCUUAUGAGUGUCCACGUUGUAAAAAGAAAUUUAAGCAUAAGAGUGAUAUCAGGUCCCAUCUCUUCUUACACACGGGUAAAAAACCUCAUGAAUGUCCACAAUGCAAAAUGAAAUUUGCAUUCAAGGGUGGUCUAAAGGCUCAUCUUCUUACCCACACAGGGGAAAAAACUUUUGAGUGUUCACAUUGUGAAAAGAAAUUUGCACAAAAGAGUAGUCUCAGCUAUCAUCUCUUGUCCCAUUCAGGAGAAAAACCUUUUGAAUGUCCACAAUGCGACAAGAAAUUUACAACUAAGAAAUAUCUCCAGACUCACCUCCGAUGCCACACAGGAGAAAAGCCUUAUGAAUGUUCACAUUGUAAAAAGAGAUUUUCAUGUAAGAGUGCUCUCAAUUCUCAUCUCUUAACUCACACAGGAGAAAAACGUUACGAAUGCCCACUAUGCAAAAGGAAAUUUGCACGCAACCGACAGUUCAAACAUCAUCUCUUACUCCACAAAGAUGAAAGAGCUUUUAAAUGUUCACAUUGUGAAAAGAGAUUUGUAACCAAAAGUGCACUCAAUAAUCAUAUGCUUUUGCACACAAGAGAAAAACAGUUUGAAUGUCCACAUUGUGAAAGGAAAUUCAGACGAAAGGAUUGUCUCCACAUUCAUCUCAAAACACACACCGGAGAAAAACCUUAUCCAUGUCCACAUUGCACAAGGAAAUUCGCAUAUAGGACUAGCCUCGAAUAUCAUCUUUUAACCCACACGGGAGAAAAACCUCAUGAAUGUCCACAAUGCAAACAGAAAUUUGGACAUAAGAAUAGUCUUAACAAUCAUCUCCUAAGGCAUGCCGGAGAAAAACCUUAUAAGUGUUCACUUUGUGAAAAAAAAUAUGUGCUUAAGACUAGUCUGGACAUGCAUCUAGCGACCCAUACAGGGGAAAAACGUUAUGAGUGUUCACAUUGUGGAAUGAAAUUUAUACAUAGGAAUUAUCUCAGAAAUCAUCUCAAAGUCCACAAAGGCAAAAAGAGUCAUAAAUGUCCACACUGCAAAAAGAAAUUUUUAAGGAAGAGUCAACUUACAAGUCAUCUCCUAACACACACAGGAGAACAAGCAUAUGAGUGUGAACAAUGCAAAAAGAAAUUUAAACAUAAACAUGGCCUCCACGUUCAUCUCAGAAUACACACUGGGGAAAAGCCUUAUAAAUGUUCACAGUGCAAAAUGAAAUUUGGACUCAAGAGUGCGCUUAACCGUCAUCUCUUAACUCAUACAGGGGUAAAACCUUAUGAUUGCAAACGUUGCAAAAAGAAAUUUGCACGUAAGGAGAGUCUUAACAUUCAUCUCCGAAAACAUACAUGUACAGAAUAACACAUUUAUAAUGUUCACAUUGCAAAAAGUUAUAUGCACAUAAGAAUAGUCUUAACAUGCUUUUCUUAACCCACCCAGGAGAAAAACCCUAUAAAUUUUCACUAUGCAAAAAGUAUGUCAGAAUCAUUUCCUAUAAGAUGAGAAAAAACAACAACACCUUAUGAAUGUUCACAUUGUGAAAAGAAAUUUGUUACCAAGAGUUCAGUCAAUUCUCAUAUGCCUUCUCAGGAUGAAACCAUUAUAAAUAUUCACAUUGUGAAAAGAAAUUUGCCAUGAGAAUAGUCUUAACAUUCAUCUCUUAACUCUCGUGUGAGACCAAAAUGAUCUUAUCACCGUUCACAUUGGAAAAGGGAAAUUUGCACACAAGAUUUAUUUUAUUCAUCCGUCUUUCUCCCUGUCACGUCCCUGCACACACUAACCCUGACAUGAUACACACUCAAGACAAAACACACUUUGGAGGGAGAAUCAUUUGUAGAAUGUUCAAACAGCCCCCCCCCCAAAAAAAAAUAAAUAAUAAUAAUGAUGUCUUAAACAAAGGGGUAAAAACAAUUUUACUAUUCUAACACCUCCCCUUCCCCCGCAUUUAACUUCCUUGGAUUAACCAUUGCUAAUGAUCCUAUGCAAUUCAUUGUCCUUUUAAGCAAAAUAGAUGGGAUUAAAUGGCUUUACGAUUUGUACAAAGUGUUUAGUUGUUAUUAGUAAGGAAAUUCCCCACUAAUUAUGGAAAUACGGGUUCAGAAAUUUUUGAAAUUAUGUUCUUCCUAUGAAAAUCAUCUAUGAGAAUUGACAGUAUUAUACCAUUUAUCACAAUUAGAUUAUAUGAAUUAUAUCAUAACUUUGAAUGCCUUGAGUAUACAUGUGUGUGAGAAACUUGAAAUAUGUGUGCUAAAUCAUUAUUAUAUGUGUUUUUAUUACAUGAUUUUGUAUUUACGCAUCAAAUUACUAGAUGACUGAUUGUAAUAAUUUUUACCCCCCUCUUUCUCUCUCUUAGACUUAUUUGUAAUUAUGUAAUGAUUAUGGUUAUAUUGUUAUUGUUCAUGUAUUAAUAUGAUUUAUUGUUACAAUGGAGCCAAUUUAUACAAGCAGUUGUGCUUUCUUUGACCCCACCACAUGUAAUGUAUGUCAUUUGUAUAUAUGUAUAUUUCUAACUGGAAAUAAAUUUGAAUUUGAAUUUUUUUAGAGGCUGUGAUAAAAAAUGGAGAAAUGAAAAUGAUUCCCAAAGAAAAGAAGGUGAUUUGUUUAUCUUUCCCUUUAAUUAAGUCCUCCGGAUACCCUAGAGGCAAUAAUGUUAUUUGAGAUUGAUCCGAUCAACCUCAAAUACAUAGAAAUCCAUCAGUGUCAUAAUGUAUUGUACAGGAAAUUUGCGCAAUGUCCUUCGUAAAAAAAGCAUCCUGAAUUUUCAAGAAAAGGAUGAGUGUAUGAAUAUACAGCAUAUAGAGAAAUCAUGUUGAACAAACACUAUACAUUUUAUAUGUUUAUGUUUCUGGCUUUUGAAGCUUUUGGUUGAUCAGAUCGAUUACAGCUCUUU